UAUUACGUUUCUUUGGCAAUUCCAAUCAUUUGAAAUCACCUCACUAUCGUCCCCCUUCAACCUUCUUGACGCUGUUGACCCUACUCUCACCGUGUGGGCUGGGUGAACGUGGCAAGACGGUAGUGAAGCCAAAGCUGAAGCUUUAUUGGGAGGUGCUGGCGCUUCGUAAAAAAGCCUUGUGCUGUUGGCAACGACAUUUGGAAACUCUUCAAACUUUAACUUGCAACCUCGUGCUACGGUCAUAUGUGGCAGCUAGAGAACACUAUCGAUGCCCUCCGGAUACCGGGUGACAUAGCUUUGGCGGCAUCGUUUCCGAUCUUAUGGCGUCGUCUAUAUCUAUUUGGCCCCAGAGGCAUUUCCAUCGAGACCCAAAUCCUGCACUUGAUAACGUUCGUAACGCGUUAUACCCAUCCAGGCAGUUUCAGCCUGGGUUUCUACAACUCCUUCAUGAAGGGAUGGCUCCUCGCUGCCAAUUUCUUUAGCGUCUCACUUCUGUUCUUCUGGCUAAGGUAUGCCCAAAGUACUGCAACCAUGUUAUCAAGACCUCUUUCAUCACCCAUUAUUCUUAUUAUUCUUCCAGCAUUUAUCUUAUCACUCCUCAUCCACUAUCCUGCUCGAGACCCUCCACCAACCCCCAUCUCUCUCGUCCCACAAACAACAAUGAUCAAUAUCGCGUGGGCGUUUUCUCAGUAUCUGUCCGUUGGAGCAAUGAUACCCCAGCUAGGGCUAAUGAUUCGAUUCCCUGUGAACACGACCAACACGAGUUUCAUAAUGAAAAGCUCUACCUCGACACAUAUCCGGGAGUCAGACGUUGAGGAUGCGGCCGCAGUCAAGUCGCAAAGAGGGAGUUUUGAUGAGGAAAACUACUAUUCCUCGGACGAGGAAGACGAUGAAGAGUCAAAGGCUUUAUUACUUCCUUUUUCCCCCCUACGAUCCCAGUUAGCGACCCUGAAGAUCCGCAUCUAUAUGACGAUGACAUCGAGUCUCAAGAAUCUCCAGCUUGUUCCUUUCUCCCUUCAUCUACCGAAUUUCAUGAGCCACUGUACUUCUCCAAAUUCCGCCUACCAUUGCCACCAUCUUUCCAACCCCCGAAACACCCAUCUUGGACUACAUCCACUUGGCUUGAUGUAGAUUUCCUUUUGUGGGCCUACCUUGCCUCAGUGUCUCUCUUCCGAGUCUUUUACGUCCAUCACUGGAUAUGGAGGUAUCGAGUUAGAGGCACGCACGAUCC